ACUGCAUUCAUUGUGCUAAGGUCUAUCCCCCUUCUGCUUGCUGCUCCUCCUGCUAUUGCUGCUUGCUCUUGCUGAGCUUAGAGCCCUGGCGGGGACUGACUCCAACUCUAGGACAUAGGAGCUGGGGCAUCGCAGCACCAUCCCAUGUGUGGGUGAUUGGUUCACUCACACAUUGUUUCUGUUUAUGCCUGGGGUGGGGGGACAAAUCCCAAACCAGCUGUGUCAAUGAGUAUGGAAGAUUAUGAUUUCCUGUUCAAAAUUGUUUUAAUUGGAAACGCUGGUGUGGGGAAGACGUGCCUAGUUCGACGUUUUACUCAGGGUCUUUUCCCACCAGGUCAAGGAGCCACAAUUGGGGUUGACUUUAUGAUUAAAACAGUUGAAAUUAAUGGUGAGAAAGUCAAGCUGCAGAUCUGGGACACGGCAGGACAAGAACGAUUCCGAUCAAUUACCCAGAGUUACUACCGCAGUGCCAAUGCCUUGAUACUCACCUAUGAUAUCACCUGUGAGGAAUCCUUUCGAUGUCUUCCAGAAUGGCUAAGAGAAAUAGAGCAGUAUGCCAGCAACAAGGUCAUCACUGUAUUAGUGGGCAACAAGAUUGAUCUAGCUGAAAGGAGAGAAGUCUCUCAGCAAAGAGCUGAAGAAUUUUCCGAGGCUCAGGACAUGUAUUACUUGGAAACCUCAGCCAAGGAGUCUGAUAAUGUGGAGAAACUAUUCCUGGACUUGGCAUGCCGACUGAUCAGUGAGGCCAGGCAGAAUACUCUUGUGAACAAUGUGGCCUCCCCUUUACCAGGAGAAGGGAAAAGCAUCAGCUAUUUGACUUGUUGUAAUUUCAAUUAAAAGCUGGUAAAAGGCAGAGAAGGAAAAAAGAAUCCAUGCCUGCUCUGAUAGGCCAGGAGUUCCUGGGAGGUAGAGCAAAGAUGGUGGUUCUUGCUCUUUGGACCUUCUGACUUCUCCAGGUUCCUGAGCUUAAAAAAGCAUGGCAGGCCGAGGGCAUUGUCCACAGGCCAACACUAGCAGAACAUUCAUAUGAUUUGACCCUUUUGCAGGCUUGGGCUGGAGUGAGAGGAAGAUUGCACUAGGAACUCCCUGAGAUGCUGAGCAUGUGCUGUGAUAGUUGCUUUUUGUUUUUAAAAAAGCAAAAAAUAACCCCCCAAGCCAGCCUUUCUGGACUAAGUGGAGGGAAAACUUCCCUCCUUUGCCCUCCAAAGGAGUGAUUCUUCCUAGUACUUGGUGAAUGGGUAGGGUCUUCUCUGGGAUCCUUUGAGCACCUCAGUUUUCUAGCCUGCCAGCCAAACGAACACUGGGAAGGCCAACUACAAUAUCUAUGGUGGGUCUGCCACGUCCUGAGGGAUUUUCAGCACCGACUCCAUAAUGAGUUUGAAAAGUAUUAUAUCUCUUGUCCAUAUACCCUUUCAAGAACUUUGGAACUGAGAAAUUCAAAGGACCUUUGAUCUACAACCAACAGUAACAAUCAUGGUUAACAAGGUUAUUAGGCCCGGUGACUCCUUUUGGUGCUAAUGGUUCAGCUGACAAUUCCUUAGACCAAACCUUUUACUACAUUAGUAUCCUCUGAAUGUGUUAUGUAGAAAUAAAUAGGGGAAGUAUGAUAAAAAGUGCUGUUUCUCAACGUCUCAUUACCUCCUUUUCUAAAUUAGAACUGAGUUGUUCAGAAGGAGCUAUACUUCUCUUUUGAUGUGUUGCAAAGGGGAACCAUUUCUUCUUCCUUACUGUCCGCCAUUUUGCCCUUCCUUCUUUACUCCUCCUCCUUGCUCCCUAACCCCAACCCUAUGUAGAGGAAAACAUUUGAAAAUGAUUAAAAAAAAAAAGUUCAGCAAAUAAGUAAUAUUGUUCUAAGGUAACAAAUUAGCUCCAAGAAAUUAAGGAUAGCGUUAAAUGUAUAGAGCACAGCCGACCAAAAUACUGUGGUUACUGAUGACAAUGCAGGGUUCAAAGCAGAGCACAGUCUUGAUGGCAGCCCACCAAGCCUUUGAAUAAUUAAUGCCUAUUGAGAUAAUUCUUGCCAUACCCACCAAGAACCAGAUGUGAUUUGUAGGUUUUUAAAAAAUAUGUUGUUAAGUGAGUGAGGAAAUAGGUGAGACAUAUCCAGAACUAUUUUUCGUGUGUGUCUCAAUCACCUUAGGAAACUCUAGUUCAUAGAAGCAAGUUCAGUUAUGAUUUGGGUACUUCUUCCAUGUGAUAGAAUAACUUUCUGAUUCAUCACCUUUCAUGUUAUUUCUUGUUGCUUUUGUGUUUUAAGUCUCCAACUCCUAUGUAUGUAUAACUUGGCUAAGCCAACUAAAAAUGGAAGCACUUCCUUAUUUUUGCUAUGCCCUCUUUAGUGCCAUAUAUCUAACAUGUUUCAUUUUACUCAUUGACGUAAAUGCAAACUGGAAACAAA